AAUUUGUAUUUGUUAUGCAUUGAAGUCUCGCGAUAUUUGUGUUUGUGUCUGGUUUGGAGUCUCGCGAGAGUUAGUUGCUGACUGAGAGCUGGAGAGAGGAUGGCGACUUCGGUGAUGUUGGGCGUUGAUGCCAUCAAACUGGAAAAUGGACAGAGCACGGCUGCAAAGCUGGGCCUUCCUCCUCUUACGCUGGAGCAACAGGAGGCGUUGCAGAAGGCUAAGAAGUACGCUAUGGAACAGAGCAUCAAGAGCGUGCUGGUGAAACAAACCAUCGCUCAUCAACACCAACAGCUCACCAACCUCCAGAUGGCAGCAGUGACAAUGAGCUUUGGAGACCCUCUAUCACCUUUACAAUCGGUCAAUAGAAAUAUUCACUUCUUCUGGGGCACUGC